AUGAAUUCAUCGUAUCUAACGAAUCUCUCGCCAAAAUUCAAUGCGAUUUUGAAUGGCAACUUUUCUGACAUCCCAAAUGCAAUCCAUAUUUGCAGACAAUAUGCACGUGCAUUGUCUAGGGAAGUGUCAUUUACAAUAUUUGAUCACGAAAUGCUACAUGAUGAACGUAAUGGGUGUAUAUUAUCCGAAUUAUUAAUUAUGACCACCGCAUUGACUAUAAUCAUCAUUGGUUCCUAUGCCACAAUUGAGAAACCAAUGAAUGCUCUCGAGCCGAAUCCUGCACAUCCAUUGUUUGAUCAAUCAGACAAAGACAAGACUUCAAAUAAACUGGAAAGUAUAGAUACGCCAAAUGCAAUUUUUAUGCCAUUCCUUUCAUGCAUUGGUUUGCUGUCUUUGUACUUCCUGUUGAAGAAGAUUGACGCCGCAACUCUCAGCAAUCUCAUUAACGCAUUCUUUUUGAUUAUCAGUAAUACAUCAUUUUCAUAUACUUUCAAAUUUUUAUACAAAGUGGCCUGUCGAAAAAUGGCACAUUGGACAGGAGUCAGCAGUUUAACAUUCAAUCCACGGUACUGUUUAUCCCUCUCCAAGGACACGAAAAUUCAUUCGAACGGUAUGGAAUCGGAGACGAUCUUGCCAGAAAGUACAGAAAGGGAGAGAGUCAUUAAAGAAGAUGCUUUGCUUCGUGUGAGAGACGAUAUCCAACCAAAGGAUCAGAUUUGGAAUCAGUAUUUCACCCGUGGUGAUUUGUAUUGCUCGUUUGUGGGCAUGACGUUAAAUGCGUCAUUUGCGCUUCUUGACUAUGGUAAAAUCUGGUUUUUAUCAAACACGGCAGCCUCUCUAACUAGUAUAUAUGGUAUUUUUCGCCUGAGAAUUACCAGCUUCCGCACGGCCACUCUCAUAUUAGUAAUGUUCUGCAUAUAUGACAUCUAUUUUGUAUUUGGCACGAGCGUGAUGGAAUCAGUUGCAUUGAACAUUAAUGUUCCCGCAAAACUUGUCUUCCCAAGAUAUGCCUCUAGAAAGACAGAUGUCAUUGCAACUUCAAUGUUGGGACUUGGGGAUAUAGUUUUGCCGGGUGUGGUCAUUGCACUCUGCUUAAGAUACGACUUGUAUAACUUUCAUGCUUCUCACAAAUUAACCGAGUUCCACCAUCUCCAGAAGUACAGCAAGCCAUAUUUCUUUGCUUCUCUGGUUUCAUACAUAAUUUCCAUCAUCAUGGCAAUGGCUGCAUCACAGAUAUAUCAGGCAGGCCAGCCUGCACUUUUAUACGUUUCGCCAAUGGUUCUUUUUGGAAUUUACACCACUGCCAUAUUAAAGCAUCAAGUGUCAGAUUUGUGGAAGUAUGAAGAGAAUAUGGAGAGAGACGAGGAUGGCAAUAAAGCCGUUGAUAUAGAUGUGCUAUGCUCGAAAGAAACAUUACAGCUAGUUGCAGAGUUAGAGAGCGAUCAAGAUUCAGAUGAAGAUCCUGAUUACAUUCCUGAUUCUGAGGGGAACGAGGCCGAAGAUUGGGAGAGCGAUGAAUAA